CUGUCAAUUAUAUUUGGCUUGCUCAAAAGCCAAAAACACUCGCUUUUAGUCAAAAUUUCCGGCACUUCGAAUAUGAAUGUGGAGCAGAGCUUGACCGCUGCCUUGAUGCAGACACCGGGGCGCAAGGCGGAGGAGGAGGAGGCGUGGCCGGCGGACGCCCACCUGCAUCAGCCGCCCGAGAUGAGUCAACUGCUGUUGGCGGAGCGUUCCAGCUGUCUGGCGGUGAAGACCUUCCUGCUCAUGAGCGGUCUGCCCUUUUCGGAGCGGAUCAGCGAGAAUGCGGAGUUCAUGUCGCCGGGCGGUCGAUUGACCCACCUGCCGCUGCUUUGCUUGGGUCCGAUUGCGACUUUCGCCGAGUUCGAGCCGAUCGUGGCCCAGGUGGAGGCCAUGCGGGCGGUGAACGACUGGAUGUCCGAGGAUCAGCGCGAGGAUGUCCGCUGUCUGGUUACCUACGUGGAGAAUGUCUUCACGCUGGCCGAACUCCAUAUGAGUUUCGUGGACUCCGGUAACUAUCAACUGUACACGGCACCGCGCAUUGAGGCAGCUCAUCCCUGGCCACUGGGCCUCAUCCGCCGGUUGGCCAAGCAACGGGAGGCGAGGCGGAUACUGAAGGUCUACCAGUGGCAGGACAUGGACAACGACCAGGUGCUGCACGAGGUGGGCCUCUGUGUCGACGCACUGAUUGCCCAGCUGGAGGAGCACCAGCCCGAGGGUUACCUCUGCGGCCAGCGGCCUUGUCAACUGGACGCCCUGGUCUUUGGCCACAUGGUGGCCAUAGCGACCACCCAGCUGCCCAACAUGGAGCUGGCCGAGAUCCUGGCCACCUAUCCCCGUCUAAUGGCCCACUGUCGGCGCAUCGACGAGCGCUUCUUCGGGGGAAAACUCCUCGCCGGAGUGGAGCAGCUCGAGUUGAGCAAAUAAAAUGAAUGAAGAGCAGAACGGGAUGGGAUGGGACACCCUCCACACCCAGUCGCCGGCACAAAGGAUUCUUAUUGUUUUUUUAUUUGGUCAGGGGUCGGUCGGGAAGCCAAUCAAAAAUAUGCAAAGCAUUUACAAUAAAAACGGCAUGGGGAGCAGGUCGGGCCAGAGAUAAGGAUAAGCCAGUGCACAAUGCCAUAAAAUACAGCAACAGACAGGACGAACACUGCGAGAAAAAUUACACAACACCCUUUGUCAAAAUUCCUAGAUCAAAGACAAAAUUAUUAAAUGUCCAACUGAGCUUGGGUUUGGCAAAUACAUUCAA